CCUGGGCGUAAAGAAAGCAUUGGGAGUUUUUGCCGUCCUAUAAGGGGACUUAUUUGCCUCUGUAAUAUUGAACUUACCUGAUUUAUUUUCAUGUCACAUGCGCAUCAGUAGAAGUGAUAGCUGACGUCCUGAAGCGUCACAGCGUACAAUGAAUGUUUCAGAAACUAUGCAGGGAGGAAAACCUUGAGUCAGGUGAGUGCCGAUGUGCCUUCUGGCAAGAGCAGUGCACUCAUUUAUUACACCCUUAUAUGAACUGAGUUUUGAUAACCUCAAAGACCUAAUGUUCUUUGUGCUGGUUAAUAUGUUAAGAAUAUGAGUCUGCAUCAAGAUAUGGCCACAGGUUCAAGGGUCAUUUAUUGUCAUUGUACAACACAGGGUUACACAACCAGAUUCAGUUGUAAUCCCUUUACGCUACACAAGGGAAACAAGAAAAAAGCAGUUGCAUUCCUGGAGAGAAUUUUUGGAAUUUCAGGAGUAAAGUAAACGGCAGAAACAAAAACACUUGCUGGGCAGAUAAUAUGUCCUGCAUCUUUAAAGUUGGGUGGGUAAUGUAGUGUAGAAACACAUUGUUAUAUUUGUUGAUAUUGUCGUUAUGUUCCGACGGCAGUCAUUCAAAUCAAAUUCUCAGAAAAAAAAGACAGAAAUGUGUUAUCUGCGGCUGUAGCAGUAGGAUUAUAUUCCGACCUGACGCUCUGAGUGCACUCUGCUCUCAUUGUCUGUUUCUAGACUCUUCCGCAAGCUGCCAACUAGAGUUUUGAGUACUAACAAUAGCCUUGUUUGUUAUUUAGGUUUCUUAUGAUACGUUAUGUACAUUGUGUCCAUUUUGGUGGCUUAAGAAGUAGGCCCUGAAGAGACGGGUUCACCGUGUGGCCAAAUUGGCGAGUUCUUCAUUACAUUUCAUCGACUUUUGGAGUUAGUGCUGCUAGCUACCCUCAUUACAAUAGUAAAAGUUUCUAAUCUUGCUUCUCCAAUGUUAAAUGUCCAAUUCUAAUUUUUAAAAUUCAUGGAAACAGGGUUCAUUCAGUUUGAGUCCUAAACCCGGUCUAUGCAGAAUGAGCACUUUACUGAGUACAACAUCCCAAUCACAUCUCUGCCACAUGUUAGCACAACAGUCUCCUCUUCCCUGAUUUCAUUUAAUUUGUGGUAUUUUGUAUCAGGCAGAGCUGUGUGAGAAGGAAGUCACAGGUAUGCCUCCUGUACCCGAGCUUAGUCUUUUAUCCAGGUUAAGAGGUGGUGUGUCAUUAGGCGGUCAGAGACACAGGAAGUGAGGAAACCUUUGUUUGCUUCCUGUCUGUGAUGUCACCAAGAACGUAGGCUGCAGCUCAGAGUUGUUUAAACCGCUUGCUCUGCAAGAUUGGAAGAGGUGCUUUUGUGGAUGUGUGUGCUUGGAUGUGUGUCUGCAAUCUCACCAUAUUAGGGUAAUGGAUUGCCCUCAGAUUCUCUACCAGUGGUAAAAGGGAAGCACCCAAAUCGAGAAGCAAUACAGCAGUUUCAAAAACUCCAUUAUAAGUAUAAUUUCUUCAUCGAAAGUCCAACUUAAAAUGCCCAAAACUAUGGUGUAUCAUGUUUUUAUCAUCAUUGCUUUACAAACACAUUGUGAAAGACUGCGCUAUAGCACUAAAGUUUUUAUGAGUCAGUUAAAAGAGAGGUCAUUGGUAGAAAACUGGACUUUUAAAUGAAGCUACCGUUCCCUUUUUGUGCUCAAUUAUUCAUUUGCUAAAUAUGAGCAUGUUUGCAUGUCUUUUUUUUCAGAGAGAGCUUCUACACAUUGAUACUUGCUUAUUUAUUGCAGGAAAAAUAUUGUUACAUUUAAUACUAUCUCAUAUUCUGCUUGAAUAUGAAAGUAUGAAAUGAAAAAACUCAAGUGAAUUGAAUAAUAAUCGCCCUUAAGAACAGUACUUAACUGUUUACAUUGUGUUUCUGAGGUUUCAUAGCUUAGUUUUCCUCAUCGAGCUGUUCCUGUCUUAUCUCUUUGUGUAGCCCUUCUCGGUCUCUCACUAACUCGUAGACACUCUUCCCUCUCUCUCUCUUUCCCUCUCUGCCUCUUUUCCUUCCUCAUUCAUGUGUAACGAGACUCGACACGUCACUUUGCCCAUUCAGUGUUGCUUCCUGUUCACACUCUCUGUUCCCUUCGCUCCAACCUUCGGUCUGACGAACAGAUUGUGGCAUGGAUGGAUUUUUGAGGUGUACGUGUGUGUAGAUGUGUGACAGCGGAGUGUGUGAGGACAAGCCCCCCGCCCCCCCUGUCAGGAUGAGCAGCCAAGGAGGAGCCAAGGACCCGCAGUCGACCAAUCACAACUCUCGGCCACUGCCGUCUGUACCGGAGGAGAGGAAGUCCAGAAACAAGAUCAUCUCCAUGUUCGCAUCUGAGAAAGGAGGCAGGAAGAAGGACCGGGACAAGGACAGGCCUGAGAUCUCCUCCCCCUCAGACUUUGAACACACCAUCCAUGUGGGUUUUGAUUCUGUCACUGGAGAGUUCACUGGUAUGCCAGAGCAGUGGGCCCGUCUCCUUCAAACUUCCAACAUCAGUAAAUCAGAACAGAAACAGAAUCCUCAGGCCGUCCUCGACAUUCUCAAGUUUUAUGACUCCACUAGUGGAAAACAGAAAUACCUUUCAGAUGAAGACUCGCAGCCGUCAGGCAAGCAAGGUACAGCAACCUCCAAAUCGGGAGGCAAGGAUGGAGACGACGAUGACGACGACGACUCGCCACCCCCAAUUGUGGCACCGCGGCCAGAGCACACAAAAUCAGUGUACACGAAGUCGGUGAUAGACCCGAUCCCAGCUUCAGAGGUGGACGGCGCCUCUAAAGCAGCGGACAAACUGAAGAAGAAGGGAGGCAAGAUGACUGACGAGGAGAUCAUGGAGAAACUUAGAACAAUUGUCAGCAUUGGAGAUCCUAAGAAGAAGUACACUCGCUAUGAGAAGAUCGGCCAGGGGGCAUCUGGCACAGUUUACACCGCAAUAGAUGUUGCCACAGGACAAGAGGUGGCCAUCAAACAGAUCAACUUGCAGAAGCAGCCGAAGAAAGAACUGAUUAUCAAUGAGAUCCUGGUCAUGAAGGAGAUGAAGAACCCCAACAUUGUCAACUUUGUAGACAGUUUCCUCGUAGGAGAUGAGCUCUUUGUGGUGAUGGAGUACCUGGCUGGUGGCUCCUUAACUGAUGUGGUGACAGAAACAUGCAUGGACGAGGCUCAGAUCGCCGCCGUCUGCAGAGAGGUCCUCCAGGCUCUGGAGUUUCUCCAUGCCAACCAGGUCAUCCACAGAGACAUCAAGAGUGACAACGUACUGCUGGGAAUGGACGGAUCAGUCAAACUCACUGACUUCGGUUUCUGUGCCCAGAUCACCCCAGAGCAGAGCAAACGUAGCACCAUGGUGGGAACCCCGUACUGGAUGGCUCCAGAGGUGGUGACCAGGAAAGCCUACGGGCCUAAAGUAGACAUUUGGUCUCUGGGGAUCAUGGCCAUAGAGAUGGUGGAGGGAGAGCCUCCGUAUCUGAACGAGAACCCUCUCAGGGCAUUGUAUUUAAUCGCCACCAAUGGGACUCCUGAGCUGCAGAAUCCAGAGAAGCUGUCUCCCGUCUUCAGAUCCUUCCUGUCCCGCUGUCUGGAGAUGGACGUGGAGAAACGAGGAUCAGGCCGAGAACUUCUGCAGCACCCAUUCCUGAAACUGGCCAAGCCCCUGUCCAGCCUCACCCCGCUCAUCCUGGCAGCCAAGGAGGCCAUGAGGAGCAACCGCUAACUCCCAGUCUGUACGGACUUUAAGAUGCCAACGACAGGAAAAUCAUCCAGCAUCUCCUACUGGUCUACGCAUGACGGCCAUCAGCAAAGUGCUAGUGUUAUAAUUAUUUUUCAAAGGGUUACAAAAUGCCUCUCCAUGUUUUUCCAGUUUUUUUCUUACCUUUUGGUGCCUUGUUCUAAAGCUGCACAAAGCCAUUAUGUGUUUUCCAUUUGUUGCAGCCAGAGUAUGUUUUGUUUUGUGGAUUUUUACUCUGGUUACUACAGUAUGUAAUCCAGGAAUUUGGUUUCAGUAUUGCAAAGGUUUAAGACAUGCUAAGGGGCCAUAUACACAGACAAUCCUAACUCUAGGAGUCCUCUGAGAAGACGCUUAAAAAAAAAAACCUGCUGCUGAGAGCUAAUGAAGAAACUGGGUAUGGCCUUUUCCUAUGGAUGACAUAUGGAUUGACAAAUGUACUCGUUUUUCUACAGUGAUUUGUAGGCAGGUCGGUGUCAGUGACAUAAAAUAACAAUUAAGGCAAAGAGAAUUCCUUCAAGAGCCGCAACAUCUCCAACUAGUGGCACGUUGUGAAUUUGUCAUCUGUUGUUAGUCAGCUUAGUGGGUCUUCAUCAUUUUGUCAUCAUAACAUGCUUGUGUAUUUUUGGCCCAUCAGGUUAUGACUUUGAGGCAAGUUUUUUUGCUGAUUUGCUCUGUGAGUUUCUUGGUGGGGUCCUAAAAUUUGCACACCACAGACAUUAUUUUGUAUUUCUUCUGAUUGGAGCUACUUUUAGCUCUUUUUUUUAAUAAGGAAAAAUGUUGUUUCACAUUAAGGCUUUUUGGACAAUACAAGAUAUGAAUAGAGGGAAAUGUGUGUGGAGAGAAUGGAACUUUUGCAACUGAUUUCUAUGGUUGCUGUUGCUGCGGUGACACGUGCAUCCUGACAGGGUCCAAUAGUUUUAGAAAAAAGUAGCAUAGAAAGUGCACCGAUAUACUGUGCUGUACCCUCACCGUGGGGUCUUUGUUCAGAGGACAAAGCCAUAUCAGUGUGUCCCCAUAUCUAAUUUCUGUCACACAAAUACAAUUUCAAAGUUUUUGUGCAAGACGUUCAAUUAUUUUAUACAGUCGAUCUCUCUAGUGGCAUCUUUAGGUGUAUCAACCCAGGCAGGAAAAUACAAUAUAAUUUAACUUCACAAUUCUGCUCUCGCAUGCAACUUUGCAAACCACUGUAAAAACGUGUCUCCCACCCUUGAUGUGCUUGUCCUUAGCUGUGCCUUAAACAAUAGUAGCCUUACACAAAUACUGUAUCAAAUUGUCUGAACGUGUUGAACUGGAGGAAGACUUUGCUUCUUUUUUUUUUUGUAUAUUAUGUAUUGGUGAUGCCCUGUAUUUUUUAACAGCUUUAAAAAAGUAUGUAUAUCAUUGUUUUAUAUUUGUAACUAACACAAGAGAAGACCUUUUUUUGUUUGGUUUUUUUUUUUCAAUUCCUUUUUAGUUCCCUGAAAAUUAAAACGUUUGACAGGCCUGAGACAAUCACGCCACAUUUGAGUCGAGAUGUAUUUGGAAAGGAUUGUUUAACCUGCUUUGAGUACCAUCAUACCUCUGUUUCAAGAACUUUAGAAAAGCAUUUAAAAGUAUUUACUAAACGUGGCUGUGUCAGAUUCAUGCUGAAACCCACACGUAUGGUACUUAACAGGUUGACACCCAAACUCAGUACAUGCAAAUACUAUGAACAGGCUGGAAAACACUGAUAUGUGGCUUUUUGACGAGAACACACAUUCCAGUUGUAUACAUAUGAAUGAUUUUAAUGACUGUGUUGUUGUGAAUCAUAAAACCAACAACUUCUGGCAUUAAAUAUCAUCAAUACAGUAUGUAAAUUAUUAUUAAAGUUGGACAUAAAUUGU